AUGCAACCAAGGGAUAUUGUCAAUGCCAUCACUCUUAGGAGUGGAACACAUUAUGAUGGUCCCCCAAUGCUUAAGGAUGGUCCGGUUGAACCAGAAAAAAUUGCAGACGUCACUGAAACUUCAACAGCUCCUGAGGCGACCACCAAUGCAAAUGCAGAGAAGCAGAUAGUACCUGAAAAAAAUUCAUCUACCACUCCUGCGAUAAAGGUACCAUUCCCCAAUCGUCUAUCGAAAAAUAAGCUUGAUCACCAACUGGGUAAAUUUAUGGAGGUGGUGAAGAAUCUUCAUGUAACUGUCCCAUUUACUGAACUUAUUACUCAAGUUCCUGCAUAUGCUAAAUUUUUGAAGGAAAUUCUGACUAGGAAGAGAGCCUUUAAUGUAGUUGAAACUGCUGCCUUUACUGAAGAAUGUAGUGAUCUUUUGCAAAAUCAAUCCCCUCCUAAAUUGAAUGAUCCGGGGAGUUUAUCCAUCCCUUAUGUUAAAAAUGGGAAAUUGACUUUGACUGUGGGAGACGAUAAGGUGACUUUUAGUUUGACCAAUGCUUUGAAAAGUCCCAUGCUAGAAGGAGCUGUCACCACUCACGAGGAAGAAUGGAUCAAGCAAGCUCUGAUUACUGGUCCUAUCAUUCGAUCCCCAGAUUGGACCCUUCCAUUUGAGAUUAUGUGUGAAGCUAGCGAUUAUGUGGUGGGAGAUGUACUUGGUCAAAGGAAGGACAACAUCCUUCAUGCCAUAUACUAUGCUAGCAAGACACUAGAUGAAGCUCAAGUUAACUAUGCCACCACGGAGAAAGAGCUUCUAGUUGUGGUUUAUGCACUGGACAAGUUCAGGACCUAUCUGCUUGGGUCUAAGAGGAAGGACAACAUCCUUCAUUCCAUAUACUAUGCUAGCAAGACACUAGAUGAAGCUCAAGUUAACUAUGCCACCACAGAGAAAGAGCUUCUAGCUGUGGUUUAUGCACUGGACAAGUUCAGGACCUAUCUGCUUGGGUCUAAGGUCAUUGUCUACACCAAUCAUGUUGCAUUGAAAGAUAAAAAGGGCGCAGAAAAUGUAGUGGCUGAUCACUUGUCCAAACUGCAGUACGAGGAUAUGGAAGAAGGCCUACCCAUUGAUGACUCUUUUCCUGAUGAUAAGCUCCUAGCAGUCACUUUUGUCACCCCGUGGUAUGCAGACUUCACCAACUUCUGUGUGAGUGGAGAAACUCCCCAAGAGCUGAGUUACCAGGAGAGGAAGAAAUUUCUCCAUGAUCCCAAGAAGUACUUUUGGGAUGAUCCUCUUCUUUACAAGCUUUGUGCUGACACCAUCUACAGGCAAUGUAUCCCAGAGUGGGAGGUGCAUGAAAUUAUGAAGCACUCUCACUCUCUUCCAUGUUGA